GGUGUUCUUUUACCAGCCACUGAGAAGUCAAUUUUGUAUUGCCUCUUGUUUUGUCUGUUUAGAGCUGUUAAUUAUUUUCAGAGUUGGUAUUCAAUUAUUUGGGAAUAACUUUAUCAAUUUUCUAUGUUAUCAAUUCUGUUUUUUCUUCACCCACCAUUUGACUUAACGUCACUUAUUAUGGAAAGAGAUGGAACUUUGAUCCCCCUCUCUACCUCACAAUGAAAACAGUUGUCAGACCUGGAGAGAAAGUAGAAGGAAUGCUACCUAAUUUAUUCACUCAGAUUAGCAUCAGGGCUCCAGGGAUCUAAUAUAUUAGCCAAACUCCCUUGCUGAGAGUAAUUUAUAUUUAGUCUGACUUGAUGUUAAUUAAUGGUAUUCUCAAAUGAUUACUGACGUGUAAUUUUACUUAGCGUCAGAGAUAAAUUAAUAACUAAUGUCUACAUGAAAACAAUCUUUGAAGACUAAAGCAUUUCUCAGAUACCUGCAAAGCCUUAACCAUUUCUCACCACACUUUCCAGUGGUAUUUCAACUUGACUUUGUCGGUUGAUUUCUGUUAUUUUGCAUAUUAUUUCACUAAGGGAAUGUAAGAUUAUGCCAAAGGCUUUAACUUUUAUUCUUUAAUUACUAUGGCUUUAUAUUUUAGGAGCUAUAGGAGAAAAUCUAAUAAAAAAAUCAAGGAGAAAUUAAUUGUUGUGAUAGAACCUAAUAAAAGAUUAAGGAGAAAUUAAUUCAGUUAUGAUAGAACCUUUGAAAACUGAGCCAUUACCAUAUGUCAAGAACUUAGGAAAUGAGAAUUCAAAAUAGACUGUUCUCAAGGCUUUUGCCAUUUAGCAGUGGAGUCCGUGCACAUACAUAACCAGUUGAUCACAAUAUAUUAGUUCUUACUUUCCUGGAUGACUCCAUUUCCUAGUUGAUUUUGUCACAUGUUUACGUCUGUCUUCAUAAGUUAAAUUAAUCUGUAAUUUUCUUUUUCUGUGUUAUCUUAACCAGAAAGCCAAGCUAGGGAUAAUAGUAGCUUUGUGUGAUAGAUAUAAUAGUUCUGCUUCUGUUCCAACCUCUUCAUAGAGGGCCUUUGACUAGUGUAGUAACUAGAAAGCUAAAAACUACUUUUCUCAUUUCCCCAAAUGCCUUUGUAGCUAGAGGUCCACAUAUAGUUCAAUUUUACCAAUCAUUUGCUCCUAUAGAAAUCUUGAUUUUAGAACCAUGUUUUCCAUUUUGCUUAUUUGGUCUGGCAGCUGUAGAGUUGUUCUAAGGCCAUUGGUUAGGCCCAUGGUUUCUGGGUCUCUUGAAACAGCUAAGGUAGUAUGAUCUUGGAACCCAGUGGUUGCCACAAUACUUCUGAUUAUUCAACUUCUUGUUCUAGAUGAGAUAGAAGUUCCAUUGGCUAUACUGUUAUGAAGUAUUGUUCUAGGGGCCAUUACUAGAUGUCCAGCCUGAAACCUCUACCAUAACCUUUUCUAUGAUGUCGUGAGCACAUAAUUCCCAAUAUUAAGUCAUUUACUUUCUGCUUGAAAGAGUAAAAUGUGUGUCUAUUAUGAAUAGUUGAGCCCUGAUUGAUUUAGUUAUUGGUAUAAGAAGUAGAUAUAAGCAACAGACCCUCAAGGAUAGGAAUAUGUGAUUGACCUGGUUGGAUUUGAAGGCAGUGAGGACCUGAUUACCAUUAGAAGAUAGACUACUAGGGUUAUGAGGUGAAUUGUGUCUCCCAAAAAAUGUAUAUGCUGGAACCCUAAGACCCAGUAUCUCAGAAUGUGACUGUAUUUAGAGAUGGGGCCUUUGAAAAAGUAAUUACAUUAAAAUGAGGUCACUGGAGUAAGCCCUAAUCCAUUAUAGUUAAUAGCCUUAGAGGAAGAGAUAAGGACAUGAACACACACACACACACACAUAUACAUAUACAUAUACAUAUACAUAUACAUAUACAUAUACAUAUACAAGGACAAUGUCGUGAAGACCCCUAAAGAAGGCAGCCAUCUGCAAACCAAGGAAAUAGGCCUCACAAGGAACCAAGCCUGCUAACAUCUAGAUCUUGGACACCUAGCUGCCAGAAUUGUGAGAAACAUAUUGCUGUUGUUUAAGCCACACAAUCUGUAUUAUUUUGUUAUGGCAAUCCUAGUAAACUAAUGCAAUUAGUGAUAAACCAUGACAUUCUGAAGAAAUUUACUACCAAUAGUCAGCUGAAAUAAAGUGCCUAUUGAAGACCAGGUAGCAGUUAUUAUGAUUGUCACACAGCAUUCAAAAUUCUGAGGUAGCCCAACCGCUAACAGUUAACCUCACCUAAGAGCUUAAAGAAAGAAAACACAGUGUGAGGGCUUUAAAUACUUUUAAGGUUUAUUGUAUUUACUUGAAUGUCAGAAUGACAGCGUGAUGGAUAGAGAUACUGGUUCACUCCCCAAAUGAUCUCAAUGGCGGGUGCUGGGCCAGGCCAAAACCGGGAGCCUGAAGGUGCAUCCGAGUUUCUGACAUGGAUAGCAGGGACCCAAGUACUUGGGCCAUCUUCUACUUCUUUCCCAGGCACAUUAGCAGAAAGCUGGAUCAGAAAUGGAGCAGCUGGGACUCAAAAUGUUGCUGCAAUAGGAGAUGCCAACAUUGCAGGCAGCAGCUUAACCUGCUGUGCCACAAUGCCAGCCCCUGGCUUUAAGUUCUUACAAGGCUGAUUUCAUGCUCAGGGGAUUCAGGCAAUGUGGUAUUAGCAGAUGAAAAAGGAGAUCUGAAAUGUCAUAUCACAGCAAAGCCAUUCAAGGUAGACCUGGUGUCUGGAGAAGAGGUAGUGAUGAGCAUAAAUUCCCUGAGCCAGUUAUACUUUGAACACCUACAGGUUCCUCAGAAACAAAGAGCUACCAAAGAAAACCAAAGUGCCUCAGUUGACACCGCCAAGGAAAAUGAAGAUGAUCUGGGCCUGUGGGAGGAGAAAUUUGGAAACUUUGUGGAUGUCAAAGCUAAUGGUCCUGCCUCCAUUGGUUUGGAUUUCUCCUUACAUGGAUUCGAGCACCUCUAUGGGAUCCCACAACAUGCAGAAUCACACCAACUUAAAAAUACUAGCGAUGGAGAUGCUUACCGUCUGUAUAACCUGGAUGUCUAUGGAUAUAAAAUACAUGACAAAAUGGGCAUUUAUGGUUCAAUCCCUUAUCUCCUGGCUCACAAACUUGGCAAGACUGUAGGAAUUUUCUGGCUGAAUGCCUCAGAAACACUUGUGGAAAUCAAUACAGAGCCUGCGGUAGAGUACACGUUGACCCAGGUAGGCCCAGCCGCUGCUAAACAAAAGAUCAGAUGUCGAACUGACGUGCACUGGAUGUCAGAGAGUGGAAUCAUUGAUGUCUUUCUACUGGCAGGACCUACACCUUCUGACGUUUUCAGGCAAUACUCUCAACUUACAGGUACACAAGCCAUGCCCCCUCUCUUUUCCCUGGGGUACCACCAGUGCCGCUGGAACUAUGAAGAUGAGCAGGAUGUAAAAGCAGUGGAUGCAGGAUUUGAUGAACAUGACAUUCCAUAUGACGUCAUGUGGCUGGACAUAGAGCACACUGAGGGAAAGAGGUACUUCACCUGGGACAAAAAAAGAUUCCCCAACCCCAAAAGGAUGCAAGAGCUGCUCAGGAGCAAAAAACGUAAGCUUGUGGUCAUCAGCGACCCCCACAUCAAGACUGAUCCUGACUACUCAGUGUACGCCAAGGCCAAAGAGCAGGGCUUCUUUGUGAAGACCCGUGAAGGGGCGGAUUUUGAAGGGAUAUGCUGGCCUGGUCUCUCCUCUUACCUGGAUUUCACCAAUCCCAAGGUCAGAGAGUGGUAUGCAGGUCUUUUUGCGUUCUCUGCUUAUCAGGGCUCUACGGACAUCCUCUUCAUAUGGAACGACAUGAAUGAGCCCUCGGUCUUUAGAGGGCCAGAGCAAACCAUGCAGAAAAAUGCUGUUCAUCAUGGCAACUGGGAGCACAGAGAGCUUCACAACAUCUAUGGUUUCUAUCAGCAAAUGGCUACUGCAGAAGGACUGAUUCAGCGAUCUAAAGGGAAGGAGAGACCCUUUGUUCUUACACGUUCUUUCUUUGCUGGAUCUCAGAAGUAUGGCGCUGUGUGGACAGGAGACAACACAGCAGACUGGAGUUACUUGAAAAUUUCUAUCCCAAUGUUACUGACUCUCAGCAUCACUGGGAUCUCUUUCUGCGGAGCUGACGUGGGCGGGUUCAUCGGGAAUCCGGAGGCAGAACUGCUGGUGCGCUGGUACCAGGCGGGGGCCUACCAGCCCUUCUUCCGCGGCCACGCCACCAUGAACACCAAGCGGCGGGAACCCUGGCUGUUCGGGGAGGAACACACCCAGCUCAUCCGAGAAGCCAUCAGAGAGCGCUACACCCUCCUGCCCUAUUGGUACUCUCUGUUCUACCACGCACAUGUGGCCUCUCAGCCCGUCAUGAGGCCCCUGUGGGUAGAAUUCCCUGAUGACUUACAGACUUUUGGUGUGGAAGAUGAAUAUAUGCUAGGAAGUGCUUUACUGGUUCAUCCAGUCACAGAGCCCAAAGCCACGGAGGUUGAUGUGUUUCUGCCAGGAUCAGAUGAGGUCUGGUAUGACUCUAAGACAUUCGCUCACUGGGAAGGAGGACGCACCGUGAAGAUCCCAGUAGCCUUGGACACUAUACCAGUGUUUCAACGAGGUGGAACUGUGGUCCCAAUAAAAACAACUGUGGGGAAAUCCACGGGGUGGAUGACUCACUCUCCAUAUGGACUCCGAGUUGCUCUAAGCACUAAGGGUUCUGCAGUGGGUGAGCUAUACCUGGAUGACGGCCAUUCGUUCCAGUACCUCCACCAGAAGCAGUUCUUACAUAGGAAGUUUUCAUUCUGUUCCAGUGUUUUGAACAAUAGUUGUGCCGACAAGAGGGGUCAUUAUCCCAGCAAGUGUGUGGUGGAGCAGAUCUUGGUCUUAGGUCUUGGGAAGGAGCCGUCUUCUGUGACCACGCACUCUUCUGAUGGUAAAGACCAGCCUGUGGCUUUUACAUACUGUGCCCAAGCGUCCACCCUGCGCCUGGAGAAGCUCUCUCUGGACAUUGGCGCUGACUGGGAGGUCCACAUCAUGUGAUGACGCCAUCAGAGAGCUGCCUGCACUUUCCCACCCCUCCCUUGGCCUUUUUUGAGAUUCGUGCUGCAACCUAAUCUAAACCCUGGCUCAAGAUCAUCUUUUGCUGAGUCACCACUACACUAAUGCAUGAUAGAGUCCAGAUUUUGAGAUUUCAGAAUUUACAUCCUUAAGAUGUACCAGCAGUAUUCUCUGUGUCAGAUACCACCUCUUCCCCCAAGCCCCAGGCAGCCCUGAGACAUUUACUGAGUUCAGGAGUCUUCCACUGCCUCUUGGGCCCCCAGCCCUGUGGUAAGCACUGUGACCAGUGAGCAGGGCUUCCUGGUUUGUGGUGAUGUGGGCCACGCCUACUCAAGUGGCCCCGUGGUCAGGCUUGCCUCGGGCCUUGCGGCUGAGGUGCUUAAGGGUGCUCUCCAAGAGGACGGCGGGCUCUGGUACCCACAGUCACCUGUCACCCCCCACAUGGGGUAGGCGGAACAAGCCUCUUCUGCGCGCACCCCAGAUGCUGCAGCAGCGGGGGUUCCUGUCCCCUAGGGAUCCACGCAGGGGCACGAAAGACUCCCUGCUUCCCAGGCUCAGAAGUUCCAAAUCAACCUUAAAAUUCAAGCUUCUUUGUUUGAAUUAUUUUGUGACAAAUGCUGUCUACAAACUAAAGAAUAUUUAUAAUAUGAACAAGCUAUAAUUAGCAAUCACAAAAUCAGCCCCCACAUCCCUACCACUAAACUUCAGAAAUAGAGGCACUGGCCUUAGGCACAGAAUGUAAGGAGAUGCAAAAAAAAAAAAAAUGAAACAGUCAAAAUAAGAAAUAUGUUAAUACACUAUUUUUAAAAAUAAAAAUGAAUGGGGCCGGCGCUGUGGUGCAGCGGGUUAACGCCCUGGCCUGAAGUGCCAGAAUCCCAUACAGAUGCCAAUUCCAAGUCGUGGCUGCUCCACCUCCAAUCCAGCUCACUGCUAACGCACCUGGGAAAGCAGCAGAAGAUGGCCCAAGUGUUUGGACCCCUGCACCCACAUGGGAGACCAGGAAGAAACUCCUGGCUCCUGGCUUCAGCCUGAACCAGCCCUGGCCAUUGUGACCAUUUGGGAACUGAACCAGUAAAUGAAGGAUCUCUCUCUCUCUGUAUCUCUCCUCUCUCUCUGACUCUGACUUUCAAAUAAAUAAAUCUUUUAAAGAAAAUUAAUAUGAAAUAACCCAUGAUGAACAAAAUAUCAAAACUUUAAAUAAAGUGAGGCUCAAUAUUAUGGAGUUUUCCUUCUUGGCCCAAGUCCUUCUCCUGGGAGACCAGGAGAAGCACCUGGCUCCUGGCUUUGGAUCAGCGCGGUGCGCCGGCCGCAGCGCACUGGCCACGGCGGCCAUUGGAGGGUGAACCAACGGCAAAGGAAGACCUUUCUCUCUGUCUCUCUCUCUCACUGUCCACUCUGCCUGUCAAAAAAAAAAAAAGUUUUCCUCUUGCUACUGUGGCUCGGCAUGGAACAGAACAUUACAGGAUGCAUCAUGGUUCUCUCAGCUCUGGAGACCUCGUGGCUCCCUGCUGCCAGCGUCUGCUGGGGCUGCCUCCACUCCUCGGCACCCCUCAGCGUGCACACCACCUUCUCAGGCUUCCCACACCAGCAGCCUGCCAACUGCCGCCUGUCUGCCUCUGCUCCCUCCACGUGUGCAAUCUUACCCUCUUCCUGGCCUUCCGGGAAGCCUUCCUAACUACCCUAACGCGCCUGUUCGGCCCGUACCCAUCAGCAUGGUUUGCCUUCUCUAAAAUGCUGCCCGGCUUGCAGCUGUGCUCCGGGUACCAUUCUCAGGUGUUGUACCUGAAUAUUUCAAAGUACAUUUGUUCCCCUGCUUCCCCUCCUAGGCUGUAUGUUUUCUAAAAGCAUAUUGUGUUUCUCAUGUCUGCCAGAGCACCAUGAUACUUGACUAUCAGUGACUGCCAGCUGUGAUUGGUUAACUGGUGCAGCUGGUUGAUUUAAAAGUGACACUUGAGUGUAUUUUUUAAUUAGUAUUAUUUAUUCAUUUGCUUUCAUUUUAUUUGCAUGGCCGAGAGACAGAGAUCUUGCAUCUUCUGAUUCACUCACUCCCCAAAUGACCACAACAGCCAGGGGUGGGCCAGGCUGAAGCCAGGAGCCUGGAACUCAAUGUGGGUCUCCCACAUGGGUGCCGGGGACCCAGGUACCGGAGCCAGGAACUGCUGCCUCCCAGGCUGUGCAUCAGCAGGAAGCUGGCUCAGGAAGCAAAGCCAGGGCUCAGACCAAGGACUCCAGUGUGGAUGCAGCUAGAUGUCACAAGCACUGGCCUCACUGCUGUGCCCUGAGCGUAUUUGUGUCUGACUUGCUUCUCUGACACAGAACUCUUUCCCAAUGCACUGAACGUUGUGUGUUUCCUGCUGGACGUGUUUCCUUGCGUCAGUUCAGAUGUGAGCCUUGUGCCAUAUAAAUGGCUCACCUGGAUCUCUGCAGAUUCUUCCCUCAUUUCUGUGAGUUUUACAGUUGAGAAGAAAGGAAGAACCCUACAUCAGCUGAAGCCACAGUUCCAAGCUUCAAAUUUCUCUUGCUAGCCUAAGAUCCAGCCUAAAAACUGGUGUACUCUUCCCUAAUGUAAGUGAUUGUUUUUAAUCUAUUUUAAUUUAAUAGGUUUAAUAGAUCCUGGUUUCAACCUGGCCCACCCCCAACUGUUACAGCCAUUUGGGGAGUGAAGCAGCAGAUGAACGAUGCCUGUAUUUGUGUCUCUAUCUCCCUGUCUCCCUGUGUCACUUUGCCUUUCAAAUAAAUCUUUUUUCAAAAAUCUA